CCUUUGAUGCUGAAGUUGCCCCCGCGUGGCGGAUUUUGCUCGGACUGUAAUUCUGAAAGCAGUUGGCGGAAGUGUAUCCCGCGGCGUGACGUGACGUUUCCGGUGUCCGUCGUCCGGAUCUGGUGACGCGCCGUUGAUGUUUGUCGUCGUCAGUUCGUGACUUGCGCCGCGUGGUCAAACUCGUCUUGACGGCUGCUGACGGGACGCCGGUGUGCGGGCGCGCGGAUGUAGCGGUGGGACGUAAAGCGAUGCGGCGUGCGCUGCGAUGGCUCUGGUGCCGCUGCGCUACUUCUGCUACGGCUGCCUGGUGACGUCGGCCGCCUGGUCGGUGCUCCUCGUCGUCUACUUGUCGCGGACGGCCGAGCCGGGCCUGGGCAGGACUCCCGUCGGGCCUCGGCGCCGGGCCGUCGCCGAGGCGCCGGCCCGGCGGGGCGGCGAUGACGACGCCGGGGUCACCGGGCUGUCGCCGGAAAUGGGCAUGAUCUUCAACGAGGCCGACCAGGAAGUCCGGGACGCCGGCUACCGUCAACACGCCUUCAACGUGCUGAUCUCGCGCCGCAUCGGCCCUCGCCGCCAGCUGCCCGACACCAGGGACCGCAGGUGCGGCGCCGAGGCCUACCCCGAGGAUCUCCCGGCCGCCAGCGUGGUCAUCUGCUUCUUCAACGAGGCCAUCUCCGCUCUCACCAGGACGGUCCGCAGCGUGCUGGACCGCACCCCCGCUCGUCUCCUUCACGAAAUCAUCCUGGUGGACGACCACAGCGAGCUCACCGAGCUGAGCGAGGACCUGGAACGAUUGGUCCGAGAGCAGCUGCCCCGGAACGUCAAGCUGCUGCGGAACCAGAGGAGGGAAGGGCUCAUCCGAGGGCGCAUGAUCGGAGCCCAGCACGCCACCGGCGAGGUUCUGGUGUUCCUGGACAGUCACUGCGAGGUCAACCGGGCGUGGCUGCAGCCCCUCUUGGCGGCCAUCCGGGCGCAGCGCCGCACGGUGGUCUGUCCCGUCAUCGACAUCAUUUCUGCCGACACGCUGGCCUACUCGGCGUCGCCGGUGGUCCGCGGCGGCUUCAACUGGGGGCUGCACUUCAAGUGGGACCCCGUGCCCGCCGCCCAGCUGGCCGGGCCCCGGGGCGCCAUCGCCCCCAUCAGGUCUCCCACCAUGGCGGGCGGUCUGUUCGCCAUGGACAGGAAGUACUUUGGCGAGCUGGGUCAGUACGACGCCGGCAUGGACAUCUGGGGCGGCGAGAACCUGGAGAUCUCCUUCAGGAUUUGGAUGUGCGGUGGGCAGCUGCUGAUUAUCCCCUGUUCCCGUGUUGGUCACAUCUUCCGCAAAAGGCGACCUUACGGCUCCCCGGGAGGCCAUGACACCAUGGCCCACAAUUCCCUGCGCCUGGCUCAUGUCUGGAUGGACGAUUACAAGGAGCACUUCCUCUCCCUGCGUCCCGAGCUGCGCCAGCGCGACUUUGGCGACGUGAGCGAGCGUUUGGCGCUGAGGAAACGUCUGCAGUGUCGCUCGUUCCGCUGGUACCUGGACAACGUGUACCCCGAAAUCAACAACAAGCCCCAGGCGCCGCCCGUGCUCGGUGACAGGAAAGCGGCGCGCCCCCGGGUGCUGCGCCGAGGACAGCUGCGCAACGUGGCCGGCGGACGCUGUUUGGUGGCGCAGACGCGAGUCAGUCAGAAGGGCGGCGCCGUUGUGCUCAGGCCCUGUGACCCCGACGACCCCGAACAGGAGUGGACGUACGACGACGAAGGUCAGCUGAUCCUGUCCGGCCUGCUGUGUCUGGACGUGUCGGAAGUCAGGACCUCGGACCCGCCCAGGCUAAUGAAGUGUCACGGCUCGGGAGGGUCGCAGCAGUGGAGCCUCGGGAAGUCCGCUCGCGUGUACCAGGUGUCCGUCGGUCAGUGUCUGUCUGCCGCGCAGCCGCCGGGAGCCAAAGGUUUCGUCGCCAUGGCGAUAUGCGACGCCUCGCUGCCCCAGCAGUGGCUGUUGGAGGUGGGCGGGGCUUGACCCGGUCGCGUCACCAUCCGCUCACUUUUUAAGAUUCUUGUAUUGAUUUUAGUGUGAUGAACUUUGACCCCGGCACGGACGCCGUCUUGUAAAUAAAUAUCAAAACCGUGUGAUUGGCUCAAAUCGCUUGCGAUGUCGAAAGUCCUGCGUAUCAAUCACCUUGCCUGUUGUCAACCAAAACAGAUCAAUAAAGUUUGUCUGGAUUCCUUAAAUGGGAAUUGAUGACCAACCAGCAA